AAAGCGCUCGCGCCCAGAGACGCUCAGUUUCACGCGGAUACUGAAGCAGGACGCAUUAACAGCAGCAUUACGCACCAACUCUCAUGUUGUGUAUGAAAAACGCGUUAUUUUUCGUUUGGAGAGAAACUCGCGCUUGUGGAUAUAUAAAGGCGAAACAGACGCGGCGCGUUCGGGGGUGUUGCGACGCGUUUCUCUCCAACUCGUUGCUGAUGCGCUUGAGCUGAGAGAGAAGACAGAAGGAAAGCUAUCCCAUCAAACAGACUGGUUGUGAGGGUUGCAUGUAGGCAGCAACAUGAAGCCCUUCCUCUCUCUACGGCUGCCCCUUCUCCUGUAUCACCUCCUGUCAUUCCUGGCACUGGGAAAUGCCUGUCCGAAAGACUGCUUUUGUCCUAUGGAAGACUCUGUGUUUUGCACAACUCGCAGGGACACAAACAUGCCCAGUGACAUGGACCCGACAAUCAGGAAUCUAUAUCUCUUUAAAAAUGGCAUAAAGACUGUGUCCCAGGAGGACUUGGAUGGGUUGAGAAACCUGGAGAUGCUGGAUCUAAGUCAGAACAAGUUGACCGAGCUGCCAGACCGUGUUUUCGAACCACUGUCCACUCUCCACAACCUGGACCUUUCAGGCAAUCAGAUUGUCCACAUAUCCCAGGAUAGCUUCGCUGGACUAUAUCUUCUGGAAAGACUUUAUCUCGGUAACAAUCUAAUCGAGAGCAUCCAUUCUGCAGCGUUUGAUGGACUGGAGCAACUGCUGGAGCUGAAGCUACAAGGAAACAAAUUGACCAUGAUACCUGCUCUUAAAAUGCCCCAUCUGCUUCUGCUGGACUUACGGUUUAAUAGCAUUCCAUCACCGGGGCCAAAUGACAUCCAGGCACCUAAAUUGGAGUCACUGAAACUGGGUGGGCUGGAGCUUAGCAGUCUAAAUGAGGAACUGCUGGGAAACUUUAGAAAUCUUCAUGAGCUGGACAUCUCCAAUAAUCACUUAACCAUCUUUCCACGCAUACUGCGGGAAGCGACAGGCUUGGUUACUCUUAGUUUGGCUGGAAAUCCAAUGGGCCCUCUAAACUGGGAUGACUUUGAAAAACUGUUAGAGCUUCAGGACCUAGAUAUCAGCAAUCUGAGUCUACAGGGGUUGCCAGAGAACUUAAUGCAUCUUUUUCCUCACCUGAGAAAACUGACUGUUGCUGAGAACCCUUUCAAUUGCCUUUGCAAUUUGGCCUGGUUUCCCAACUGGGUUCGGAAUAAACAGAUUCAGUUGGGUCGAACAGAAGAGACACGUUGCCACUUUCCCCUUUUAAAUGCUGGGAAGGUACUGGAGAGACUGGGACACAAAGAGUUUGGAUGUCCAGUGACAACAAUUCCUACGAAACGGGUAGUAAAAACCACUGCGGCACCUCCACGUCUGAUCACCAACUUACCGAGCACAACACGUGCAGUACUCCUUGCCAAACCUAGUGACAACUCUUCUUCUAAAACUGAAAAUGACCCUCCUCCUCCCCCUACCCCAAGUACUAGCAUUGACCCAGACCUAAGAUUAACCUUCUGUCCAUCCAAUAUCUGCCUGAAUGGAGGAACAUGUUCGCUGGACCAUCAGGGGCAGGUGAAGUGCAUCUGUCCUUCAUGGACAUCAGGGAUGUACUGCCAAGAAGAAGAAGAAGAAGAAGAAAAAGAAGAAACUCAGUUUGAGGACUUCCCUCCUGUGAUCAACACUCUCUCACCUGAAAUCGUGGCAACGAUGGUAACCACCUCCACCAUACUGCUAGACAUUCAUCAGUACAUUGAGAUGCGCCCACACAUACGUGGAGUACGGCUAACUUACAGAAACCUCUCAGGACCAGAUAAACGUCCCAAGAGCCUCAACGUUCCACCUUCUUACCCUGAGUACACACUGCGUGGACUCCAGCCGAACUCCACCUACUUUGUAUGUGCCAGUCCACUUGAUGAGCCUGAGAACAUGGAUAGUGUAUGCACAGAGGCUAAGACAGUUAGUCAGCAAUCAACACAGAGGGAAGCACAAGUUUUGGACGACUCAAAACUCACAACGAUGCUCAUCCCGGCAGUCGCCAUACUUCUUCUCUUAGGUCUAGUAGCCAUUGCUGUUGGGGUUGCUUGCUACAUGCACAAAAAGAAAUUAAAGAACCAUCUGGACUUAGAGUGUCAUCCCUCGCAGUUGGAGCUAGAGGGUAUGGACAAUGGGGCAUUACCUCAGAAGCAGGACAUCAUCUCCUGUCCAUCAAUAAUGCAGAAUGGUGGUUUGGACUAUGAGGUGCCACUCAUGCAGGAUCAUUGCACUUCCAACAACAACACGAACAAUUUGAAGCUCUCUUAUUUCGGAUAACUAAAGAAUUGAGUUCUUAACAUGCUAAAGAUGGCCGUUGGCUUGCCUUAACCUUUAAAUAAAACUGUACCUUUGAGUGGGACCAACCGCCAGGUUCUCUGGAAAGAGAUUGUGGCAUUUAUGUAGGUCAUCCCUGGUGCAAAAUGGCGUUCCCUUAAGUGCCUUUUUAUAUGUCUGAUAAAAAAAUCUCAAUUUUUAAAUAGUAGCCACUCCUAAAAGGACACAAGGCUGACUGAAAAAUGUUGGUGAUGAUGUGUAGCACCUGUGUGCAGCUCUAUUGAACUGUACUUACUGUGAACUCAAAGUCCUACAUGCGAGAGUAGGCAACUGAAGACAUGGACUUCUAAAGUCAAACGAAGGCUGAUGUUUGUGAUACCUUUUUUAACUGAUAUGUCUUGUGAAGUUGCAUUUUUCUAUUUGCUUGGACUAUUUUAUAUUUACUUUUUGUACAAAAUCGUGACUGUUACCAGGCUGCUCCUCCCCCAUCUCCCCCUGACUUAAAAAGCAGACAAAACACAGGAUUGAAAACUUUGAAGAUUAAAAUGUACGACAAAGUGAAUCAAAGGCUUUACUUGGAUUGACUGACUUUAGGUAGUCAAUAGUCUGACUCGAAACUAAAUCCCUCCUCUAUUUUUUAACCCCUAUCGCCACCACUGCCCAGAAAAAUUAGACACAACUAUAGUUAAACCGGCUGACAGCUAAAUCAGAAGGAGAUGUAUAUACACAAUGCUCUGUUUAUAAAACACUAGAAAACUUUCAUCAGAGGCUAUACAGAUGUGUCAUACUAACGGAAAACCUUUUUAACCAUUUAUGUACCAAACAAUGGUUCAAGAUUGAGAUUCCGCAUCUGUAUGCAAUAGUAUUCUUUGCACUAUUUACCAUUAACUUCACAUGCUUAUACAUUCAAAACACUAUUUGAAAAGUUGAGCUUUUUAAGUGUAGCUACAGCAGUGGUUCUCAAAGUGGGGGGCGGGCACAAGGGGGCCCAGUUUUAUGACAUUUUAUUUUAUUAACUUAUCAUAAAUUCUGUGUAAUUAAACAUCACAAAACAAGGAUACAAACAAUUUAAUUAUUGAAUGUUUUGUUUUGUUUAAUUCAAAUUCUAAGUGUAAGAAGGUUUUAUGUCAUGACUUUUCUUGGGGGAGGAUGCAAAGAGAUUGGUUUGGGAACCACUGAGCUACAGUAAGGUGUGACUGAUCUAAACUGAACCAAAACCAGUAAAAAAAAAAUGCAAACACACUCCAAAUCUUCAUAAUCUAUCGCUUGUAUGCAAAGUGGAAAUGUGAACAAAAACAAUUUACCAACAACCAUGAUAUCACCGACUUUUGUGAAACGUAAAAUGACGGACGAGUUACAGAUAUUGUAGGUCAUUAUGAGUUUUUAAAUGUUUUGUGUACCUGAAAAUGCCAAAGUGAAAGACAGUGUGAGCUGUGCUGAUUUACCUCUGUGAGGAAAUGUGUUACUAUUUUAGCACUUGUUCUACCACCUGUCACAAUAUAGUCAUUGUUCAUACCUUUUGUUUUUAUAAAAUGUUAAACAGGAUUGUGCUUACAGGUCCAUCUGCUGCCUUCUGCUUUAAAGAAGGAUCCAAACUGGAAAACGAAUCUUUUUAACAGUAUGAAGUAUUGAAAAUAUUUGUGAAUAUUUUUGAUAAGACCUGCCUCUAAUUUUCCCUGUUUAAUUUGGGAAGUUCUUUUUAUAUGCGUCUACGUUGAAAUGUGUGUAUAU